AUGACCGCAGAUUUGCUUGCUGACGUGGUCCUUGGCAGCAGUGAGCUGCCCCAAGGGGACUCCAAAGAUGCACACCUCCGAGAGGACCAACGCCCCCUGGAAGUGCUGCUGCCCUCUGAGAAGGCUGAGGGCCGUGAGGGUCCUGGACAGCUCUGCCCCGAGACUGGAGACAGAGCGGCCGGCCGCGAAGGUGCCCGUGGCCCGGGCAGGAAGCACCUACACAUCGAUGAGCUGCAGUGUGAUGUGUCCGUGGAGGAGGACAAUCGGCAGGAGUGGACGUUCACUCUCUACGACUUCGACAACAGCGGGAAAGUCACCCGAGAGGACAUGUCCAGCCUGAUGCACACCAUUUAUGAAGUUGUGGAUGCCUCAGUCAACCAUGCCUCUGGCAGCAGCAAGACCCUCCGUGUGAAGCUGACUGUCAGCCCAGAGCCCUCUGGCAAGAGGAAGGAAUGGCCGCCUGUUGCAGACCGGGAGCCUGUGCAUCUCAGGACGGAAGGGGAACCCGCUGAGGACACACGGACGACAGACCGAAGGCUCUCUGCACAUGUCAGGAGGCCACUGGCCGAUGCUGCCCCCUACCCAGUGCGGGGCCCCUACUGUGUGGACGAGAACACAGAGCGCAGGAACCACUACCUGGACCUGGCGGGCAUUGAGAACUACACCUCCAAGUUCGGGCCCGGGUCCCCACCAGCACAGCCCAAGCCAGAACACCCCAGCAAGGGCUCACAUCCCCAGGCCCGGUCCCGCUCACAGGAGUCAUAUGCUCAAACGGGCCACCACCGCAGGUCCCAGGUGCUGGCCGAGCCUGCGGAGUCGGCGGCACGGGCCCAGGACAUCCCACCGCGACUGAAGGUGCCCGAGAAGCAGUUCCUCAAGUCUCCGAAGGGUGCAGGGAAGCCACCUGUGUGGCUGGGGGCUGGCAGGCCUGUGAAAGCCUUGAGCCACCACCUGGCAGCAGCAGCCCAGGGUGCUCAGGACGGGUUCCACCUCCCACCACAACCCCCUCCACCACCGCCACAGCCUUAUGGUCACAAGAGGUCUCGGCAGAAGGGCAGGGAGGGCUACUCACCUCUUAAGGCUGCAUACACCCCGCCUGCGAUGGUGGAGCAUGAAGUGGUUCGGGACCUGCCACCCAUGCUGGCAGGAGAGGGCUUUGCAGUGCCCAUGGUUCAGAGGCACGAACACCACCACCACCACGAGCACCACCAUCACCACCACUACCAUCACUAUCACCCCUCCUGA